GGAACUUGCAAUUGGCCUAUCCUCUAAACCAUGAGUUGUCAGCGUGUGGCUUUGCGCAGUCUCUGCGACCUAGAUUUGCUACUUUCCCGCAAACCGCUGCUGUCACUAAGAAGGAUCACCGGUUAUCAUCGUCCUGCCAUCUCACAUUCCCUUAGGGUGUGCCGAUAUACUACUGGACCUGAAAGCGAGGAGCAACAACGAGACCAGUCAGCUGUCGGACCUUUCACCUGGAAGGCGGCUGGUCUCUUUGUCGCGACUGGUGCAGGGUUGUACUGGUACUUCACGAACGAGAAAACGAAACUGCAGGAACACAAGCGGAAACAGCAAGCCGAAUCCAAAGUGGGAAAAGCCCGAGUUGGAGGUCCCUUCGCGCUCGUUGCUCACGAUGGCACUCCGUUUACCGACAAAGAACUGUUGGGCAAGUGGUCACUAGUUUAUUUCGGCUUCACAAACUGUCCCGACAUAUGCCCUGACGAGCUGGAAAAGAUGACCGAAGUUGUUGAAACAAUGGAUGCUGAGUUUGGUCCGGUGGUCCAGCCCAUAUUCAUCUCUUGCGAUCCGGCGCGAGACUCUGUUCAACAAAUGCGAGACUAUGUUAGUGACUUCCAUCCCCGAAUGAUUGGUUUGACUGGCACCUAUGACGAGGUGAAAGCAACAUGCAAGGCAUAUCGGGUCUAUUUUUCCACUCCGCCAGACACCAAACCAGGAGAUGAUUAUCUGGUAGAUCAUUCCAUUUUUUUCUAUCUUAUGGAUCCUAAAGGCGAGUUUGUGGAUGCUUUCGGCAAGAGCAGUUCUGCCGAUGAUGUUCAGCAGAAAGUUCGCAAGGCGAUACAGGAAUGGAGAUCUAGUCCAUAGUAUUACUAUGCACUGCCUGCUUUCUGCUGAGAUAAUUUCUUCAUACGCCGCAUGUAAUCCUCAUACUGGCAUUUUUCAUAGGAGUGCCUCUCAUUCUCACACUCCCAAGGCUGGUACAAUGUCUUUCGGCGACAUUUAUUCAAAGGUAUCAACAGCGCAGAACAUUGGUCACGAUAGCCUAGAGGAAGAUGGGCAGUACGCAUUUCCUCCUCCGAUGCUACAGUGGUGUCGGUCAUACUGGA